CCAUUCAGUUGGCCUGAGGGCAGCGAAUGUUCGAGGUGGCAGCGAAAGAUGACGGCUGUGAAUACGUUUGUCACCAUGUGGCGGUUCCUGCUGACGCUGGGCCCCUCGGCCCUGGUGAUCCUAAUGCUGAACAAGGGCAUCAAGGACUACCGGCCGGACAUUGUGGACGAUCAGCAGCGCGUCCGUUCCAUACGCAUUGAGCAGCUGCGGCCCAGCUACGAUUUCGUGAUUGUGGGCGGCGGAUCGGCUGGCUGUGUGCUGGCGGCGCGUCUCUCGGAGAAUCCGGCGUGGAGCGUGCUGCUGCUGGAGGCCGGCGGCGAUGAGCCGCUGCUGAUGGAUCUGCCGCAAAUGUAUCCGGUCUUUCAGCGCAGUCCCUGGGACUGGAAGUAUCUGACGGAGCAAUCGGAUCGCUACUGCCUGGCCAUGGAGGACCAGCAGUGCUUCUGGCCGCGCGGCAAGGUGCUCGGCGGCAGCAGCUCCAUCAAUGCCAUGAUGUACGUGAGGGGCAAUCGACGCGACUACGACCACUGGGCCGGCCAGCUGGGCAAUCCGGGCUGGGAGUACAACAAUGUCCUGCACUACUUCCGCAAAGCGGAGGACAUGCGUGUGCCCGGCUACGAGCAGAGUGCGUAUCAUGGCCACGGCGGACCCAUCACCGUGGAGCGCUACAGAUCGCCCUCGCCGCUGCUGGACGUGUUCAUGGAGGCCGCCGCCGAGCUCGGCCUCACCCAUCCCGACGGCGACUUCAAUGGCCACACCCAAAUGGGCUUCGCCCCGCCCCACGGCACCCUCCGGGACGGACUGCGCUGCAGCGCCAACAAGGGCUACAUGCGUCGCAGCUGGCAGCGCCCCAACCUGGACAUUGUCCUGAAAGCCUUCGUGGAGCGGCUGCACAUUGAGCCGGGCAGCAAGCGCGUGCUGGGCGUUAGCUUCGAGCAUCGGCUGGUGCGGCAUCAGGUGCUGGCCGGCAAGGAGGUCAUCCUGUCGGCCGGCUCCUUGGCCAGUCCCCAGCUGCUGAUGGUCAGCGGCGUGGGGCCCGCCGAGCAGCUGCAGCCCCUGGGCAUACCGCUGGUGCAGCAUCUGCCGGGAGUCGGCGCCAAUCUGCAGGAUCACAUCUCCACCUCGGGCGCCAUUUACACCUUUGAGAGCCUUCAGCCGGACAGCCACAUGUCCUUCAUAGUGCCCGAGCUGCUCAACAAGGACUCCGUGCGGGACUUUAUUCACGGCCACAAGGGCUUCUUCUAUGCGAUGCCCGUCAGCGAGGUGAUGGGCUUUGUCAGCACCCGCUUCCAGGCGGAGCAGGACGCGGACUGGCCCGACGUCCAGCUCUUCAUGGGCAGCUACGGCUACGGCGCCGACGGCGGCAUGAUUGGCCGGCGAGGCGCAGCGAUCACCCUGGACAACUAUGCGAACAGCUUUGAGCCGAUCAUCUAUCAGGACUCCUUUGUGAUUGCCCCGCUGGUGAUGCGUCCACGCUCGCGCGGCUAUCUCCAGCUGCGCUCGCCCGACGCCCGUGUCCAUCCGCUCAUUCAUGCCAACUACUACGACGAUCCGCUGGACAUGGCCAUCAUGGUCGAGGGGCUCAAGGUGGCGCAUCGGCUCACCCAGACGCCGGCGAUGCGCCGGCUGAACGCCACCCUGAACAUCUACGAGUGGCGCAACUGCCCCGAGGUGGAGUACCUCAGCGAUGCGUUCUGGGAGUGCCUGGCCCGCUACUACUCGCAGACCAUCUACCAUCCGGUCGGCACCUGCAAAAUGGCGCCCGCCGCUGAUCCCAUGGGCGUGGUCGAUCCGCGUCUGCGCGUCCGUGGCCUGCGCGGCCUCCGGGUCAUCGACGCGAGCAUCAUGCCCACGAUACCCACGGGCAACACGAACGCGCCCACGCUGAUGAUCGCGGAGCGGGGCGCCGACAUGAUCAAGGAGGACUGGCACCGCUAUCCCCACGGCGGUUGGCUAUAGCGACGGC